GCACCCGCCCUCCCGCCGUGGCCUGGGCCUGGCUCCCUCUGGCCUGGGAGCUGCCUCCUUGAGUUAAGCAGUGGGGCGGACAGUGCUUGUUCCCUCCGGACGCCCGGGGAGAGGCUUGCCAAGCCGCUGGCCUGAGAAACCAGGAGCGCAAACCGGAAGGUCAUGUGCAAAAGGUGGGCCUUGCACACCGCCGCCCGAGCACGGCCAGGUGUGGCCCAAACCACAGCUUUCGCGUGUGGGUUGUGGGGGGUCGCCUGGAACCGCGUCUCCGGGCUCGGAGCACUGGCCGGCCGUCUGGCGGCGGGAAGUGGCCUUCGGGCGCACUCGCGCCUCUGGCCGCAGCUCACGCUCUCGGGCUGCGCCCGGCCGGCCCCGGGCACGUCGCGGAGCCCGCGCUGUUCCCGAGCGCCGGGCGCGGGGCACGCGGGGCUUUCCCGCCGCCCCGCCCCGGGGGGGCUUGGCCGCGGCCAACGGGGCGCAAGGGUGCGCUGACGUCAGCCGGCUCGCCUCGCCCCUCCCCAAGGGGGAAAGUGGCGGCGGCCAAUGGGGCGCGAGGGAGGUGCUCACGCCCCGCCCCCAUUCGGGCCGCGCCUCGCCCCAGCGGGAAAUUAGCAGCGACCAAUGGGACGCGAGGGAGGCGCCGGUGCCACGCCUCUCUCCCCGCCCGGGCUCCGCCCCGCAGCCGCGGAAAAUUGGCGGCGGCCAAUGGGGGCCGAGGAGGUGCUCACGCCCCGCCCCAGCGGGAAAUUGGCAAUGGCCAAUGGGGGGCCGAGGUGGUGCUGACGCCCCGCCCGUCCCGCUUAUAGGCGCGCCCGGGCCCGGCUCUCAGCACUCGGCGAGCGGCCGUCGGUCCGCGGGCGGCCCCGCGCGCCGGGGUCCGGGCUCGUGCCCGCAGCGGAGCCAUGUCCACCGCGCUGCUGUCCGCCUUCUACGACCUGGACUUCCUGCACUCGGCCGAGACGUCGCUGGGCAGCCUGAGCCUGGGCGUGCUGGACGCCAGGGCGGCGGGCGGGCGGGCGGCGGGCGCGCCCGGCCCGCGCUACAAGACGGAGCUGUGCCGGCCCUUCGAGGAGAGCGGCGCCUGCAGGUACGGCGACAAGUGCCAGUUCGCGCACGGCGGCCGCGAGCUGCGCCUGCUGGCGCGCCACCCCAAGUACAAGACGGAGCUGUGCCGCACCUUCCACUCGGCCGGCCUCUGCCCCUACGGGCCGCGCUGCCACUUCAUCCACAACGCCGACGAGCGGCGCCCGCGCCCCGCGCCCCCCGCGCGCCCCGAGCGCCCCGCGCGCGCCGACCCCGCGCCCGCGCCCGCCCCCGCGCCCGCGCCCGAGCCCGGCCGCCGCCUGCCCAUCUUCAGCCGCCUGUCCGUGUCCGACGACUGA